CGUAAUUUGUCCUGAAGCAGUGUCUGUACUCUUGAGUAAUGGCCGUGUUUCAUCCAUCCAAUCCAGUAUGAUCCAUCCAUAUGUGGACCUGUCCAUCUCUUUCCAACAGUAUGCCGGUGCUGUGCUGGUCCCAGUCGCUUAGGUUCCUAUAUUGAUGUCUACUUCACAUAUUCUCAAUGACCAAAUGGACAGACGUGGAAGUAUUCGAUAUGGAUCUUGCUGCUACGAAAGUUAUUCUGCAACUUGUAGGACUAGAGGUAACAGUGAAUUUGCUAGAAACUUAAUGCCGACUUCCACCUUGGCUAGUUGCAUCUUUCCUGUAUGUACUCAUCUUUCAUCAAUUGGUGCAUCUCUCCUAGUAGCUGGUUGGAACAUAUAACCCUGCCUUUUUGCUGAAGUUGAGGGAGACUUGGGGCUUUGUUCUUAGCCUUCCUUCUAGCAUUGCAGACCAUGAGAGCCAAUAGAGGAAGAUAUUCAGAGGUAAUUUGCAGCAAGCAGCAGCUUCGGUAUCUGUUUCUAUGAAUUGUAUUCGAUUACUUUUUGCCCUUUACUAUUCUUGAUAACGUCGAGUCAUCUGACCUGGUGUAAAUUAUAGUCAUUUUGGCCUUCAAUUGUGAUGAAAAAAUGGCUAAACAUCAGGCCAAAGUUAAAUGAUUUCAGUGAAGACGAGUUUGAUACAGGGAGCGAUGAUAAUGGUAUGGCAAACUGCAUGAGUAUUCUAUAGAAUUUUCUUUGCUUGCAUCUUAGCAGCCAGGAACGCGAUCCAGGUUCCUUGAUCCCAUCGAUCCGGGAACUUGGUAACCAUGGCUUGCAUUCUCGGUACCUUUCAUUUGUAAUUAGAAUUUACAUAUCUUUUCUCAGAUUCUGGAUACCAUCAUUUGGAAUUACAAUUUUCAUAUCUUUUCACAGAUGGUAGUGACUUUGGAGACGAUAGCUUCUUUGAGAUACAUGGCAAUAAAUACUUGAUAAGCAAAUCACCAGUUGUCCACUCUUUUGCUAGGAGAAAAAGCAAUUCCUCCUGUGCAAAGGCUUCAGAGAAGAAAAUCAGAGAGUUUACGUGUUAACUACAUCAGUAACAAAGAUGUGAGGGUGAUGACAGGAACAUGGAAUGUUGCUGGAAGAGCGCCUGGUGAUGACCUUGAUAUUGAUCAGUGGCUUUGUACCCAAGAGCCAGCAGACUUGUAUGUUUUAGGUUUCCAGGAAGUGGUCCCAUUAAGCGCUGGUAAUGUCUUGGGAGCAGAGGACGAUAGACCAAUAAGGAAAUGGGAGGCUCUUAUUCGCCAAACACUUAACAGGUCUCAGCAACCCAAGACAAUCUACAAAAGCUACAGUGCUCCAGUGUCACCAUUACUAAGCCCUGUUGCUUCAGGCGAUGGACAUGAAUAUAUGAAAUCCAAACUUGAAGAUGAAGUGAUAGGAAGUUUAACUCACUUUAGAGAUUGGCAAACUAGUACAACUGAGCUUCGUUGCAACUGGUUGGAUGGCACCAGCCCAUUGGACUGGCCAGAAUAUCCUCUCGACACUCCAUCAAAGGUUUUGGUAUCAGGUACAGGGAUGAGGCGAGUCACAAGCUGGGGGCUAUUUAGCACCAACUUUGUGGAACACCCUCAAGGUCUUGAGCUAAAGGAUGUAGAUUUGCAAGCUGGGAUCAGAAGGCAGUAUCAUAGCUCGGGAAAUCUUAGCAUGUUAUGGUCUGAACAGCAGGAGAAGCUUGAUGUUUUAAAUUCUCUUGAUCGCAUAUCUGAUUUGAUGUCAGAAGAAGACUCACCUUCUGUUAGCACUGUCGAGGAAUGUGCUACUCCAGGGAAAAGAGGAUCUUCAAAGCACGGUGCAAACUAUGUGCGCAUCGUUAGUAAACAAAUGGUUGGUAUUUAUGUUUCUGUAUGGGUGUCUCGAAAACUGAGGAGACAUGUUAACAACUUGGAGGUAUCACCAGUUGGGGUUGGACUCCUGGGCUACAUGGGGAACAAGGGAUCCAUUUCCAUCAGCAUGUCUCUUUUCCAGACUCGAUUGUGCUUUGUCUGCUCCCAUCUUGCAUCUGGUCAUAAGUCAGGGGAUCAACAGAAAAGGAAUGCUGAUGUGUAUGAGAUUUUACAAAGAACAAGGUUUUCUUCCUUGUGUGCUGCUGGUCAUCCACAAAAGAUUCCUUCACAUGAUCGAAUUUUCUGGUUUGGGGAUCUUAACUAUCGCAUUGACCUGCCGGAUGCUGAAGUACGACAUCUGGUGGCUAUGAGGAGAUGGGAUGAUCUUUUGAAGUCUGAUCAGCUUACAAAGGAGCUAACAAGUGGGAGUACAUUUGUUGGUUGGAAGGAAGGCUCGAUUAACUUUCCACCAACCUACAAGUAUGAAAGAAAUUCAAGCAGAUAUGUUGGCGAGAUUCAUAAUGAAGCAGAGAAAAAAAGAUCUCCAGCGUGGUGUGAUCGCAUACUGUGGCUGGGGAAGGGUACCAAGCAACUCUCAUAUUGGAGCUCUGGUUUGUGCCUCUCAGAUCAUCGGCCAGUGAGCGCCAUCUUCUUGGUUGAAGUUGAGGUGUUCAAUCAGCAAAAACUCGAAAGGGUUUUGAACUUCAAUCCUGGUAUCGAUUCAAAAGGGGGGAAUAUAACAUGAUGGCAGAUCCCUGAACAUUUUUCAGUCAGUGGCGUUGAGCUGAGCAUUGAAACUCUGCAGCGGUUCUGUUGGAUUUAGUCUUGUCAUGUGUACUAGUUUUUAGGGAACACACAGAUGUUGUAAGGAUUUUGAUGUAUGUUCGGAGAAUGACUAGCAUGUAACUGAAGUAUUGCCAUUAGAUUGCACAUGGAAAUGCCUCAGAUUGUGAAAUGAAUUUAAGUAAAAAAUCCUUUUGUCCUAUGUA